CUAGACAUCACCAACUUGACUUUAUACAGUUUCGGUUUCUUCCUGAACUUUUUCAACAUUUCACGCUUUUCAUAUAUAUAACUAUAUUUGUGGAUUAAAUCAACAUGGGGGCUUGUUUGGCAAUAGGGUCCCUCGCCAGUUGUGCGUCGUGUCUGUGUGGCUCCGCCUCCUGCCUGCUGUCCUCCUGCUGCCCCUCAGCCUUUAACUCCACCAUCACCCGGCUGGCCUUCUCCUUCCUGCUGCUGCUCGGCACGCUGGUGUCCAUCAUCAUGAUCCUGCCGGGCAUGGAGGACCACCUGAAGCAGAUUCCAGGUUUCUGUCUCGGAGGCUCCUCUAUCCCGGGCAUAGAGAACAAGGUGAACUGUGACAUCGUCGUGGGUUACAAGUCCGUGUACCGCAUGUGCUUCGCCAUGGCCUGCUUCUUCUUCCUCUUCUCCAUCAUCAUGCUCCGAGUGCGCAGCAGCAAGGACCCUCGAGGAGCCAUCCAAAAUGGUUUCUGGUUCUUCAAGUUCCUGAUCCUGGUGGGAAUCACCGUGGGAGCGUUCUUCAUCCCCGACGGCAUCUUUAACACAGUGUGGUAUUACUUCGGCAUGGUGGGCUCGUUCUUCUUCAUCGCGGUGCAGCUCAUCCUCCUCGUGGACUUCGCUCACUCCUGGAACCAGUCCUGGCUUCAGAAGGCCGAUGAAGGGAACUCCAAGUUCUGGUACGCAGCUCUGCUCACGGUCACCGUCAUCUUCUACGCCCUGGCGUUCACCUGCGUCGUGCUUUUCUACGUUUAUUACACCAAACCCGACGACUGCACGGAGCACAAAGUCUUCAUCAGCCUCAACUUCAUCUUCUGCAUCAUCGUGUCCGUCGUGUCCAUCGUGCCCAAAGUCCAGGACGCUCAGCCCAGCUCCGGCCUGCUGCAGGCCUCCUUCAUCUCGCUCUACACCAUGUACAUCACCUGGUCGGCCAUGAGCAACAACCCCAACCGUAACUGUAACCCCAGUCUGCUCAACCUGGUGAUGGACCCUCUGGCGACUCCAGCUCCAAGCCCGGCCCCCACCACGGCCCCCGGCUCUGUCCAGUGGUGGGACGCCCAGGGCAUCGUGGGGCUGGUCAUCUUCCUGUUCUGUACUCUCUACGCCAGUAUCCGCUCCUCCAACAACACCGCAGUGAACAAGCUGAUGCGGACGGAGGAGGUCCAGGGUCUGACGAGCGAAAGCUUUGAGACGGGGGAGGACGGGGUGCACCGCGCCGUGGACAACGAGGAGGAAGCGGUCACCUACAGUUACUCCUUCUUCCACUUGAGCCUCUGCCUCGCCUCGCUCUACAUCAUGAUGACCCUCACCAACUGGUACAUGCCCGACGCGGCCUACGAGACGAUGAAGAGCACCAUGCCCUCGGUGUGGGUGAAGAUCGGCUCCAGCUGGUUCGGCCUGGCCAUCUUCCUCUGGACGCUCAUCGCCCCGGUGAUCCUGUCCGACCGAGACUUCAGCUGAAACCACGGUGACACACAGCAGCAGCUAGCACGUUAGCAUGUGCAGGCUAUAUGCACCGCUUGAACAAACACAGCUUUAGCUUCCAAUUGAUUGUAUUUACUUGCGUUAGGGCUGCACAAUUUGGUGAAAAAUAAGGUUUCACAAUCAGGAUAUUGGAUGGAUUGAUCUUUUUUUUGUAGUUUUUAUAAAAUGAUGAUUGGUGAAGAGGAUCUCUGCCAAGAAUAUAUGAUUUGUUAAGUUUGUAGAUUAUAAUUUAUAGGCCGGGAUAUCUCUGCAGCUGCACACAACUUCAUUUAAUAUUACAUUUAAACACUUUGUCUGCCUUCAUCCAACAUGUUGAUUCAUUGUGGAGCCCUAACUUGUACCUCCACAGUUAAAAUGGGAGAAUAUAAUGGUGAUAUGCUUAGUUUUUUUUACCAGAAGCCAUUAAUAGUAAAUGAGCUGUCGGGUCAUUUUCACACUGUUACGAUGAUUAUAUCAGAGCACUACCUGCCUUUUUACUGGACCAAAUUAACCUUUUAAUGAUGCCCUUUAAAGAGUUUAUCUCACGUUAUGGUUGUUUCUACUUUUUUACCAUUCUGUUAAAAUCAGUUUUAUUUCAUGCAAAGGUGUCGUCUAAGAUUAUUCAAGUUAUGCCUUUUUUUAAUGACACAGCUUGUCCACUUUUGUACUGUUAGUGCGUUAUUAUAUUUUGCACACAAGCUUUUCAGAAGGAGCAUUUUUAAAGUCUUUGGUGUAAAGUGACUUCUACGAUUAAAAUGUAUGUUUCAUUAUAAUCAAUAAAGUUCUCUUUAAUGUGA